AUGAGGGCAUCUGGCAUGGGAAUCAUCUGCGAUAUGGUGGCCAUUCGAAAUUGCGUCCAGGCUGACGGUCACCUAUCGUGGAGUCGCUUGAUGGGAACAACGACACGGCGCAAGUUCACCGAGCCGCUCGACAGUGUCUAUGCUCUCUUGGGACUGGCGAGUCCAGAGAUGCGGGAGGCAAUACCCAUUGAUUACAGUGCAAGCAUUGACCGAUUAUAUGUGGAUGUCGCCACAGCCUGGGUCGCGAUCGAGCGAAAUCUGAACUUGCUGUCAUGUGUCCAGCAUCUGGAAAAUAGCGCAUCGGAACUCUCCCUGGAUGACGCACAGUGGCAAAUGGUGCAAGCAGCCAGGAUGGUGCAGCAAUCUAUGCGGGUCCUCCCAUCCUGGGUCCCGGACUGGUCGCAGCCUGAUAAACAGCGGCAUCGACUACUCUAUCGCGAGAAUACAUACCAUGCCUCGUUGGGGAAGAAAGCGGAGGUGGCUUUCUGUAAGGGCCGGACGUCCAUCACUGCCAGUGGAGUUCACGUCGACUCGGUUGCCGUGGUCUUUGACGCCAGAUACGACACGUCGAAAGUGAAGAAGUCGCUUCAAGAACUGGAGUUUGUAGCGUCGGCCGCGUCUUCGAUUUUGAUUGAUGACGACGCCAUGAGAAGGAAGGUGCUGGAUGAUGACUUCUGGAGAACAUUGGUCGGCAAUAGGACGGAAUCAGGUGAAAGCCCUGCGCCGGAUCAGUGGGCAGUCGCAUUCAAGGUCAGCAAGGGUGAAGUCCCAGUCCCGGAUCAUUUCCAACCCGAAAAGGAACCUGUCGAACGGUUUGCGAAAUUUGUCAUCCCGUUACGGACGCAGCUGAAUGACGCCAUGGAAGGAAGGCGCUUCUUCGUCACCCGACGGGGCCUCUUUGGUAUUGGACCAUGUCACAUGCGUAGAGGUGACGCUAUUUGUGUACUGUUUGGAGCAGACUUGCCUAUGAUCUUGCGUCAACAUGAUGACCAUUGGAGACUUCUGGGAGAAUCAUAUGUUCAUCGACUUGCCAGUGGUGAAGGAGUUCAGCUACAUCUGGAACGCCAGGAAGAUUUUCCAAAAGAAGAGUUCGUUAUCCGGUAA